GCUCAUUCUCCGCGCUUUCAGCAAGACUACGGGGCACUAGGUUUUCUGAAUUUAAGGAUGCGGGUAGUGCCCGGCAAAAUCGGGCUGCUUGCCGCAGCGAGCAUAGCAACUGCGUCUGCAGCAUCCACAUCCACGAAGAGAGCGGGAAUCAAGGGAAAUGCAAUCAGUGGCGUAAUUAAGACGUUGAAGACGCUCCUGAAGAACUCAGAGAAGGACAGCAAAGAGAAGGCGGACCUGUAUGACAAAACAGCCUGCGACUGCCGCGACGACAUGCGCACCUACACGGAGCAAUUUGAAAUGGCACAGAAGGAAAUAGACAGGCUCGACGCCAUUGAGGAAGAGCUCACGGCAAAAAAGGACGCUUUGGUAAAGAGGAUUGCCAAAUACAAGACCAGUAAAUCCGAUUUAGAAGCGUCCAUCCAGGCGGAAUUCACAGAGAAGUUAAACAGCGAGGGCGAGAAGGCUGUGAAUUUUGCAGAGGAGACAACUACAGAGCAAGACGCAGCCAUCGAAGAACUGAAGAGCAUUAACCAGCCCUACUUGAAGGAGGAAAUCAGUAAGCACAUGCUCGCGAGAUCUUUACUUUUAUGGAUGUGAAACAAAAACGAAUUCUGCUUAUUUGGAAUCCCACUUUUUCGCUUCCUAGCACUACCGCUGCUUGUCGUCUGUGUGUAGAAAAAUAUGCGUGCAGGAAUCAUUUUUAAAAGUGGCUCGGAUAAACGGAACAAGGAUUGAUAGUGAUACAACAAACAAAAACCACCAGGUGGUGACACCACCCUUCUGGACACCACUAAGCAGGAAUGCGAGGAGCGCGUCCGCAAGCUGGAUGCCAUAUGAAAGCCUCAGGUUGGAAAUCCUCAAAGUGAAAAUAAUUUGUAAUGCAAAAAAACGACUCCAGUUGGAGCGCCAUUUAUAGUCGGCGCAUGACAAAUUUCCCGGGCACUUAAAGCGUGUCUGUCAUGCAGCUUAAGGCAAGGGGGGGCCCUUCUGUCGUGCUAAGCAGCACUCCAAUUCUUGACCCCUAGCAGGACAAUAGUCAGCCUCCAUUGCGUUCUCGGCAAUACAGUCUAUUUUGCGUCGCAUUUCAUGCAUCACAAAUCAUUUCCACUUUGAGGAUUUCCAUUCUGAGGCUUUCAUAUGCCAUGAUGGCGGCGUGCGACAAGGUUCUGACCCUGAUGCAGGACUCGUAUCAAAUGCAAAAAUGUCUGGGUCUGGAGAUACAAACUUGUAAUGCGCAUUACAGAGCACAAAAAAAUCUCUCAUGCAAAGGCAGCAAAAGUUUCCACUUUCUGUCACCAAAAGGGGUGAUUUGUCAUGCGGAUUCGGCAUUGUGAACGCUUGUCGAAACCUGUGAUGCUAGAGCCUCCAUGCCAGCCCUUCUUUGUCAUGCAAAAACAGCAUGACUCUUCCAGACCCAGACAUUUUUGCAUUUGAUAACUCGAGCAGCAAAGCCGUCGUUACCAUGGUGACGAAGCUGCGAAAGCACGCUUUCGACAGGAAAACCGAGAUUCAGCAGGGCGAGGAUGAAUGUCAGGCGAAGAUCCACGACUUGGAGGAGGCAAUUUCUUCCAACCAGGGCUUUUUAGAUAUGGCGUUCUCAACUGUUACAUUCUCAACUGUUACAUGAGUUUGCGAUGCAAGAAUGAAUGGCAAAAGUGAUAGGGGGAAUCUUGCGCGUCUUGCAUGACAGACUUGGCACCGAUUAUCAGCCUGUUUGGCCCUCUGAUAAUUUGUCAGGCGUAGCAGCUUGAUGCUGUCGAUUCUGAAGGCAAUUUUGCAUGACAAAUCGUGUAACAGUUGAGAAUGUAACGUUUGAGAGCGCCAUAUUAGAUCUUUCCAUCGCCGCUUCCGAGAAGCUCGAGGCCGAGUUGUCGGACACCAAGGGAAAGUUGGGGGAGACGCAGUCCGCCCUGGUGGACGAGAAGGAAAUUCGCACAACCGCCAAGAAGGGCGUGGCCGAGACGACCGAAACGUGCCAAAAAGCCGCGGUCGCGUACGACGCGAGCACAAAGCUGUUGACCGCCGAGAUCUCCGGGUUGACCGGCGCUAUUGCAGCGUUGCAGAAGGUCCCGGCGCCGGCCGGCGAGAGUUUCUUGCAGCUGGGCUCGGACGACAAGGAGUUGCGUCAGCGGGUUGCCAACGUCCUGAAGAGCAUCGCCUCGUCCGCCGCGGUUUUGCACAGUACUAUUGUUUUUUUUACCUGGCUCGCCAGAUAGUUUUAAGACUAUCGAAGAAGCUUGUACUCGCCUUGUUUUUGUUUACCAGUGCAGUUGUGACGCGACGAUUUAGAACGCGCAUAAAUAAACCAGCUAUAUGUGAUGAAAACUCUCCGUAGAAGAGCCGUAGACCCGCUGUCGGAGAUCGGUGGAGCUAGUUUGGCCUUCUGGCAUGGGUUCAUUUGCGCUAUGUUUUGGAAUUGCAAAAUCAUAGCCAAUCAUUCAAAUAUCAUCAGGCUCUCGCCUUUCCUCCGUCGCUCUGCAGAUGAACUUGCAGGUUUCCAAGCCGGACUACUUUAAAUCCGUUCGGAACCUGAUCGAGACCAUGGUUACCCGGCUGGAAGACGAACAGGACGCGGAGACCUCGAAGUCCGACUGGUGCGCGCAGAGCCUGCAGAAGAUGAAGGGCGCCUCUGACGAUGCCGACACGGACCACCAGGCCGCGGUCACGCUGGUCAAGGACACCGAAGCCUUGCUGGUCAAGCUCAACACCGAAUUCAACGAGGAGACGACAGAAAAAGAGACGCUCGAGACCGACCUCGCAGCCUUAGAGAAGCUCAUGGGUGAGAAGGACAGCUACUACAAGGAUCUCUUGGAAGAAAAGGUUUCCGGGGAAGCUGCUUUGCAGGAGGCCAUCGGGUUCCUGAAGGAAAUCUACGGCGAGAGCGCGACCGGCGACUUCAGCAGUCAGCGCACCACGUCCGGCGGAUCCGUGAUCGACCUGCUCACCGGGAUCGAGUCGGACUACUCCUGGGCCGCGGAUCAGGCCAAGAUGGAGGUAGAAGAGAGUUUAAAAUUAGAUUUUCGAAACUGGGACGUUGAUUCGUAGUUUUGAGUUAAUGUAUAGAAGAAAAAUGUGGGAGGCGAUUUGGUGUUUGCAUUUGGAGCUGCAGGAAUUAUGCUAAUUCAACUCCGCGCAAUGCACAGAGAAUGAAAAUAAACAGUCUGGCUGCGUCGCGGAGGACAGCUUCGAGACCCGGAAGGGCGAGAACAUCGGGUGCGACGGUGUGAUUGUGGACGGUGACAAAAACUACGAGUCUGAGCAGUACAAGAACCAGGAGCGCAAGGAAACCAUGGAAAAGGACAUCGCGGAGUGCGAGAAGGAGAUCGAGCGGUUGACCGGCGAGAUUGACACCGAGAAGGUCAACCUGGAGAAGUACCAGGAGCAGCAGUCAACCAAGAAGGGUGCGCUCGAGACCGCCAAGGAAAUUUUAAAGGCCCGGCAAGAGGCCUGCGUCAACGCCGGAGACCAGUUCGAAGCCCGCAAAAAGCGCCGCGAGGAGGAGAUUGCGUCGUUGAAGGAUGCCCUGCAGAUUCUGGAGACCCACUCCAAAGACGCAGAGGAGAACGACAUGGGCACGCUCAGCGGCUUCUUGCAGACGCGCAAAGCGAAGUAAAGAAAGUUAGAUGCUGUUUAAAGGUUUCACGCGGACCACUCGUAGUCCGGCCCCAGAGCCACGUUCCGGAUUUUGGUCAAUGUAUGAUGCUUGCAGCAGCGGGGUGAAGAUAUUUUAUAAAGAAAAAACAAAUGAAAAGAGAGUACAGCCAGACCGGGAAUAACUUGGACAAAAUAGACUUCAGUAUAUCAAAUCCUUCCAUAUCAAAGCAACUUUUCGUUUUUUAAAUAUGUGUGUUUGUGUGCGACGCGAGUUUCUGUUACUCUUACUGUUUCUUUUUUGUUACUGUUUUUGCACUUGGUACAACUUCUAUCCUUACUAAAUCCUUACAUAUCAAAGCAAGUUUCUGUCCAAUUAUAUGAUUUCCUGUCUGGUGCGCACUGAGUUUGUUAGCAUGUUGACUGCAUGAUUGUACAAAUAGAAACAACAUCGAGACCACGAUUGGUGAAUGGGCAAAGACAGGAAGGGGCUUUAUGGAGCGAGUCCUGCGCACAUUAAGUACAGCUUGAAAAUGAAUCUAUGACGCAACCGGGAGCUGCUAAGAGAGAGGGACAGGGAGUCAGACAGCUGCAAAAUGCACUCGGAUGCCUGUUCACAGACUGUCAGCAAAUGUUCCGUGGAGCAUUGAAGUCAUACCGCUGUCUUUACUGCAGUCCUGAUCGCGAAAUUCUGCAACGAGCGACCUGCAUUCAAGAUAGAAGAAGACUAAAAACUCUUCGAUUUCUGCGGAUACUUUUCAUCCACCCCUCGGAC